AUGGAGUUCCAAGAUUUCGAAACACAGGCGAAGCGGUACAGAGAUUUGGCGGGCAGUCGAGAGAGAAUCUCAACCAGCAAGUCACACUUAACAGUUAACACUAUAAUUUUGACCCGUAACCCGUACCCGACCCGUUCAUAUGUAAAAUCCCUCAAAGGGAACCUAAACCCUAGCUCCAUUCUCCAAGCCUCCAACAACUCCCCAAGCCUACAGCCGCCACUCGCCAGCCCACUUCCUCCGCGGCUCCGCCUAGCAGUUCCGCUUCCGCAAGGACCGCAACUCAGUCCCGAAUCCAAGCCUCCAUUCUCCAAGCCUCCCGAUCUCAAGUGCGAAUCCCGAUCUCCAGGUCUCCGGAAUCUCAGUCCCGUUUCCCGAUCUCCAAGUCUCCCGAUCUCCGAUGAACACGGUAUCCUCAAGAAGGAAACGACGAGCAUGCCAUUGAGGAACACGGAACAGAUCGCACUCCCCAAAUACUCUCAGGCACUUUUCAGAGUCAAGUUUUUUCGAGUGAUGAAGAUCACGAAACUGGAAAAGAAACUGGCAGUUGUAUCUCUGUUGACUGCAAGGUACCCAGCAGGUUACAACAGUUACCUUGUUUUUCAGUUCUUACCCUCAGGAUUUGAAGAGGUAUACUCGAAUUACUGAUCCAGGUUAUUGGAAGAGGUCGGGGAGAUUAAGUGAUGUCAAGCCUGAUUGCUUUCGAUUCGAUUACACAUGAGCUGUGGGAGGAAAGUUCUUAGUUGUGCAUUUCUUGGUUAUUGUUUGUCUUAUUUAUUUCACACCUUUUUGUCUCUCUCGAGCUAUCAAUCUUGACACCCAAUUUGGCAGGUACCCAGCAGGUUGCAGCAGUUGCACUGUUUUUCAAUUCUUACCCUCAUGAUUCGAAGAGGUAUACUCGAAUAACUGAUCCAGGUUAUUGGAAGAGGGCAGGGAGAUUAAAUGAUGUCAAGCCUGAUAGCUUUCGAUUCGAUUACACCUAUGAGCUGAAGGAGGAAAGUUCUUAACAGAGAACAUUGACUUACAUGAGUACUGUUUACAAAAGGAGCGGAAGAAUAACAAAUUCUCAUUGUGCUACAUAUAUCAUAAAAAGGAGAAAAGAGUAGUAGUUGAUGAUAUUGUUCCAUGAGUGAGUUUGCAACUAGUCAUUUGUACAGAGUUAGGUCUUGACUAUUCAUUGUACAUAAUUCUGGUACAAUAACUUUUUACUGUACAUAGUUAGUUUCUGACUAUUCAUUGUUUACUAUCAGUGAUUGUAUAAGAAUCUCUGUUUGUUGAUGGGAAAAUUGGGGGUGCUGUAUAUAUAUACAUGCAAUCAAUGGUAGUAAACAAUGAAUAGUCAGAAACUAAAUCUGUACAGUAAAAAAGUUAUUGUACCAGAAUUAUGUACAAUGAAUAGUCAAAAACUAACUCUGUACAAAUGACUAGUUGAAAACUCACUCAUGGAACAAUCUCAUCAACUAGUACUCUUUUCUA